AUGUUCUCCUACACUGAAAUGAAGAAACCGAAAGCAAAGAGAAGUGGAGAACCUGCAAUCAUCAAGCUUUCAAACGAUGAACCUUUCAAUACCCUCAAGGCCCAAGUACUCAAAUGUAUCUCAGAAGCACUGAAACUGAAGAAACUCGCCUAUGAUGAUUACAAAGUCAUGUUCACAGUUGCCCGGCACCAAACCUCAUCAUUGUCCUUGAAGAAACAAUCAGAAUACGAUCAUAUGCUCGAAUCAAAGAUUGUUGUUGAGGCCUUGAAGAAACCUGAUCCACUAACAGUUCAUAUGGUACAUGCAUAUUGUUACGGUACUUGGAUAGGUCUUCUCAACAACGGCCUGAAUGAGCCCACCGAGGUUGAGGAUCGUAGCCUUGACAGAAUGUCAAGGGUUCCUCCGGUUAUCUUGGGUUCAAGCUCAGUCUGUAUCUAUGGAUCUAAUGGGGACAGUGAUGUAAGUCAGGGCACCAAUAGUGAGAGUGAUAGCAACACCAGGAAGAAAAAGAAGAAGAAGAAGACCUUGCUGGACAUCCCUCUCAUUCACAUAGAAGAAGGACCCUAG